AUGAAGAAUAGAGAGAUUAUCCAAGAGCUUUUUGGCAUCAGUGGCAGCUUGAGGGUCAUCACUACCAAAUAUGGUAACAAGAAGAAACAAAUUGCGACUGCUACUGGUCCAUGUGGAAACAACAGAGACUACAUUUUCUUUCUGGAGAAAGCUAUUUUUGAUAUUGGUGGUGGUUUAGAUAAGCCAAACGAAUGGGGAUUUGAUACUACACAGCAAGCAACACAAACAAAACAUGAUGAAGAGGAUGAUGAUGAAGAAACAGACUUACCAAAGGACAAUAGUGAAAAAACUACACGUCCCCAAGGAAGAUACAAGAGAAGGGAGAUAGGAAAGCUUGUGAAUGCAUACUCUGCUCAGGAUCUUGAAGCAUCUGAUAUAAGCAAAUGCGUGUUGAUGCGCGCUGCUUCUCAAGUUCAUAGAGGUCAAUAUUCAACUAGCUUUGUUGAUGGUUUUUUUUAUGACAAGUUUAACAUCCGCCAUAACAUCGUUGAACUUCUAGAAUACCAAAAUGCUUGGAAACAGAUACAGGCAACAACGACAUUGUGGCGUCAUUUUUGGGGCAGAAGUGGAAUUCACUUUGUGAGAGACAUUACACUGUUGAGAUAUUUCCUUGAGAGUUUCUUGACCCAACCAGGUAUUGUUGCUGAAAAAAGCAUGUUUUGCCUCUGUGAUGGAAGCUUUUCCAAUAUAUGCUCUACUUCUUCCUCAAAACCAACAACAAACAUUUGA